GGGAUUGUAUCUUCAUAUAUUAUCAAGGUGAAGAAGGAAGUGAGGGGAGGGGAUACUCAUGGAUUUGAAUCAAUCAAUAGAACUCGAUCUAGCAUCAGCGGAUCCAUCACCACAAGAAAUUGAAAAUGCCCUGCCCAUGAACUCUUCCAUGUUGCCUUAUCAUCAGACAACCAAAGAGCUGCAACAUAAGCAAAAUUUGGAUGAAUUUUGGAAUCAACAAUUGUUGGAGAUUUACAAUACUACUGCAUCCAAGAGCAAUAAUAUGUUGCCUUUAGCAAGGAUCAAAAGAGUAAUGAAAUCUGACGGAGAUGUCAAGAUGAUAAGUGCAGAAACUCCUAUCUUGUUCUCGAAGGCUUGUGAGCUCUUCAUCCUUGAGCUCACUCUUCGUUCAUGGCUUCAAACCACUAGUUGUAAGCGUCGAACAUUGCAGCGUUGUGACAUCUCCAGAGUCAUAAGGCAAGAGGACAUGCUAAAUUUCUUGAAUCGUGUCGUUCCUUGUGAUCAGAAGAAGGAAGAUGAAGUGACCAAGUGCACUGAAGAAAUGGAAUCUCUUCCUAACAUGCAAAUGCCUGCAUUUCCUUUCUUGGACCUUAAUGGAGAAGUAAUGAUGGAUGAGAACAGCCAUGAGGAUCCCCAAGAACUCAUGAUCAAACCACCGAUGCCCUCUUCUGAUUUCACUUCGGGAUCUGCUUCGAAGUGGGCAAAUUGAUGGAAAUCAAUGCAGAAAUAAAGCUAGCAGCUAGCAGCAGCUUGCAGCAAGUGGCAAUCAUCUUUAUCUAUAAUUAUAUGAAAUAAAUGGAUUGGUAUCCUUUGUGUGGCUUGUUAAGUACUGUUAAACACCCGACUUUUCUCAUCACAACUAUGUUUAAUGGUCUGCUAGACGCUAGUAGAUCUCUUUUAUGUUCUUUUAUAUGCAAGAAUUUUGUUCGAAGUUUUCUGGGA